AGAUGGUAGAGUGGGAGAAAUUUGGGCACGAAUCUGCGGAGCUCGCUCAUUUGAAUGCGCGAACGAGUAGCGUUCUUUGAUGGACAAAUUGCAUUUACACGUCUUCUAAACGUCGCCGCCGACUAUUCAUCUACAGGAGAUUUACUGAAACGCGUGACCCAUCAUUAACAGGCAUCAAAAUCUCGAUUCCUAAGAUGCAGACUGAAGGUGAAAGCUCGACAGCAAAUGACCAAACAGAGACUGGCGCCAAAAUGUCUAAAGAUAAAAACAAACAGUCUGUAGAGUAUGAUGUGGAAAGUAUAAUUUUCCAUGAAGUUAUAAACGGUUCGUUGGUUUACCUUAUAAAAUGGACAGAUUGUGGUAUGGACGAAUGUACAUGGGAACCAGAAAAAAAUUUGAAGCAUUGCAAGAAAAUAUUGUCGGAGUACAAAACAACCAAACGUUUGUUAUAAUAAAAAAAAAAGAGGAACAACAAUACACCAUCCAAUUAAAAGAUUUACAUUUUUUUUUUAUUUUAAGACAGUUAAGAAUCAUGUACCUAUUACAUUAUAUCUACAUUGAUUUAAGGUUACUGCCAGUUGUAUUAUUUAACAUAGUACUUUAAAUAAAUAUU